GAGAAAAUCGCCAUUACUCGCCUGCUCCCCAUCGCUCAACAGUCGCUCACGAUCGAACGCGAGAAACAAACAAAAACAGGUCCGCCGGGGGCCUCGCCAUGCGCAAUGGAGCAGAUUGAUGCGCAGGUCAGCGACUUGCGCUACUUGACCCAAGCAGCCGUUCCUUUGCCGCCUGACCGCGCUGCCAAUGCCGCCGCUUAUUCUCCACACAAUCACUCUGUCCAUUCCCCCCUUUCCGCGACCCCCGGAGACAAUUCCGCACAACAACCAGGGGCCUCCAGAGGUGCAACUCAAGUUGGAACGCCUGGCUCAAGCUCCGUUACUGGUUCCAAGAGGAAGUCAGAGGAUGAGAGCAAUGCUGCUAAGCAGCAGAGAAGCAAGAGGAACCGGUGCCUCUAUGCCCCGAAUUGCUGCUCCAACAGCUUCAAGGACUCGGACGAGUACAAGACCAUGACGGAGCAGAUGACCCGCUUGCAAGAGCAGGUCGAUAACCUCUAUCAGAACAUGAAUACUCUCCGGUCUGAAACCCUGCGUCUGGCGCCCAUCCAGGACAAAGUAUUGCCUUUCCCCUCAAGCACAGUUCAGGCCUCCCCGGCGAGCUCGCUGUCUCCUCUCCACCGGCCUGAGUUGACCCAAACGAAGCAGGCAACUUUCCGUGGCCCAACAAGUAUGGCUUACAGCCUGGACAUCGCCAACACUACCAUUCACAAUAUGGGUUACAAGGGCAUUGGGGAGGAUGAACAAGGCACGCCCCUGGGUGUACCCGAGGACAGUCCUUUCCGCAUGCCUCCUCAAGAAAGCCAAAUUGACCCCUUGUGGGACUUUGGCAAGGACGAGAUGAUUCGUUUGUGUCGCCUACAUGACGAAGAGGUCGGCAUCAUGUAUCCUGUCAUCAAGAUACCGUCAGUCAUUGAGCAUGUCCGUCACCUGACGGCUUACAUGGAAUCAGCCAGAAAGCAGGGAAUCACGCCAAACCUCAAUGAUGACAAGACACUGCAGCUCAAGAUCGUCAUGAGCUGCGCUCUUGUGGUGGAAGAGCACGGCCACAGUGAAAAAGCGUGCAAGCUCAUUGACAGCAUGGACGCCGUUCUCAAUCGGAAGCUCAUGGUCGAGGUGGUCGACUUUGUGAGUCUUCCAGCUUUGUGUCUUCUCGCUGGUUACAGAUUCUUGGCCAACGAGGAAAUCCUGGCAUGGCGCGUAAUGGGCCAAGUCACCAGACUGUGCUUGGAGAUGGGCAUCCACAGAACAACCGGCAUCGCCAAAAUCAAGAACGAAGAGGAUAGGAAAAAUGCGUUGAACAGUUUCUGGUCGGCCUACGUUCUGGAUCGGCGGUGGGCUUUCAACACUGGCUUGCCGUUCGUCGUUCCGGAUGAAGAGAUCGAUCCAGAAUUACCCAUGCCUGAAGAAUAUCCGUACUUGGUUGCUAUGAUCAGCUACUCGAGGUUGGGAGCCAAGGUCUGGCGUCAAGUCACAGACUUUGGCCCUGUCCUAGCCCGUGAGCUCCGCCAUGAAGACAUGGAGCAGUUAGACCAAGAGAUCCUUCAAUGGUAUGAGAACGUACCAGAAGAAGUCAAACUACGCAAUUGGGAUAAGGAGAAGCAAAUGACCUCGACUCCGUCGUAUAACCUUCAACGCCUGCGCAUCUGGACAUAUCUCCGGUUUAAUCAGAUCCGCAUCUGGCUGUAUACACCAAUCCUGCAUAGCGCAACUAGCAUCAUGGGCCACUUUGCUCAAGCUCAGCGUGUAGUUGAUCUCGCGAAAGACACGAUCCGCUAUCUAAGCCAUCUCAACAACACCACGAAUUUGUAUCGUAAGAUACAAGUAUUCUACCACCAAUUUCUGACAUCGGCAAUUUCUGUUCUCUUCCUGGCUUCUGUCCAUGCACCAGUGAGGUUUAGCUCCACGUGCCGAGAAGAGUUCUACAUGGCCCUGGAGCUUGUCAAGGACCUAUCCGCCAAAAGUUGGGUCUCCCAGCGGCUAUGGCGUACCAUCAGUUCCCUCAAAGAAGUUGCACCAAGCAUUGGUCUUCGCAACUUGCCAGAUGAAGAUGCGCACAGCUCCGCGGCUCUGACAAUGGCUGGACUCGCGAGUGGCGGACGCAUGCCAAACAGCCCGGCGGGGAUUGCGCCUUUCGGACGCUCAUCCACAACGCCAACGAUACCCCAACAACAAACGCCAAACCUGGAUACGGCCCAGUCACCAAAUAACGGAGUCCGCAUUCAAAACGAGAUGAGUCGCAUUUUUGAGGGAUACUUGGGGCUCAACGGCUUCGCAUCUAAUGGGGACGAUGGUUUCGGUGGCCAGUCCGACGCCAGCAUGCCGCCGACCACUGCUGUAUCGAGCCCAUACGUCGACAACGUCUUCAACCACUUUAGGGAAAUGUUCUAG